GGCAUUAUUUAAGACCACCAACCAAUCAACCAUACAUCAAAAUGUGAAGAAAACGAACGGUCCAUAAUCAUUAGAUUUCCCACCUUUUUUUCCUGUUGAAAGAAUGAUGAAGAAACGAAUAUCCCAAAUCAGCCAAUAUGAACACACAUAACUUGAAUAAAAACUUACCAAAAAUAGAAAGAAAAUUAAGAGGAGAGAGAAAAUGAAGAAAAAUGGCGGUGAAACCUCGCAAUCGGCCCCUGCCUCACCUUCCGCGCCACCGCCUCGUACCACGAGCUCGAAUUCCGACGCACCUUUGAGGCGCAGAAAUGCGCCAUUUUUGAUCGUUUGUAGAUGUUUCAGCCUCAUCACCGCAAUAUCUGCUAUUCUUUGUAUUGCCGUCAAUAUUCUUUCUGCUGUUCGAUCCUUCAAGCAUGGAGCUGAUGUUUUUGAUGGGAUUUUUCGAUGUUAUGCGGUUGUGCUAGCGAUUUUGGUGGUUUUGGCUGAGACUGAGUGGAGUUUCAUCUUCAAAUUCUGGAAGGUGUUGGAGUAUUGGCCUGGCAGAAGCAUGCUACAAAUCUUUGUUGCUGUUAUGACUAGGGCAUUCUCUGACUUUAUUGGCAAGCAACAUGAUAUAGUUCUUCUUCAGAGUAUAGCAAGCUAUCUGCUGCUUUCAUGCGCUGCUGUUUAUCUUGUAUCGGGAAUCCUUUGCAUAGGUAUUUUGAAGCGUUCCCUAGAACAGAAAGAAAUUUCAAGGGAUCAAGCAGUUAAGGAUCUACAGGAGUUGGAGAAGAAGCGGCAGGAACUUGAAGCUUUGUUAAUUGAAGAAGAACACGUUUGAAAGAGAAUUCAUAUGUUGGUUUGUCACAGUUCCUUGUGGAAUUCUGGAUUUUCUCUAGAAUAUUGAGGAAGACAAGCCUUGUAACUGACAAUUUGAUCGAAACAAUUGUACAGGAAGACAAGUCUUGAUGCUUUAGCACUUAGUAAAAUCUUUUUUGUUUUUGUUUUUGUUUUUGUUUUUGUGGCUUUAUAUAGUUGUAAUCAUUUUUUUCCGUUCUCGAAUUUUUUGUGGAUAGAGAGUGUAGCUGUGUUUGAAAGAAUCUGUAACCAAUGUAUGUAGUAUGGAGUACUUGCUAAAAUUGAAUAACAACGGUUUUUUUUUU